CAAUUGUACGCAAAAUCAAGAACACUUGAGGCUUUGAAAUAUGCCAGAGAUGGAGGUGAAACACACAGUUCAACUUUGAAAAAGAACAAUAGGGAGAUUAAAUGCCUCACGAAUUCCUCCAGAAUCCCUUGUCAACAACUUAGGUUCUCAAGGAAAGCUCUCCUUAAAACAGCACUCUUUAGUUACCCAGGUUCUGGCAACACAUGGUUACGUCACCUCAUACAGCAAAUAACAGGAUUUUACACAGGCUCAAUAUACAAUGAUACCAUUCUGAAAAAACGUGGCUUCCCGGGAGAAGGACACACGGGAAGGGAAGUGGUAGUGAUUAAGACCCAUAGCAGAAAUUUAUUAACAGAAUUAUAUGAUCGGACCAUUGUUAUCAUGCGGAAUCCACUACAUGCGUUAUAUACAAAUUUUCAACAAGGAUACAAGGGUCACAUUGGUGUUAUCUCAGAAAAUACUUUGAGGCA